AAAAGAAAAAAAAAAGCCACGGCACCCGCCAUGCUCUGGUCCCAUAAGAUGUAAGAGUAGGAACGACUAGCACAACAUACAGCUAUGCCACAGUCAGCUACUCGGGGACUUGUCUUACCCUGAUGCGAUAGUAAUAGGUAGCGGUAUGUGCCAUGCUAGUUGACAACAUGCCGAACCGGUACCCGAACCGUGAACAGUCAUGGUCGACGUGUGGAGGGGGUAAUGCCCUCUUCCGUCUUCAGCCCAAUUUGGGGACGGGCUAUGCAGGCAGCGCGGCAGCUGUGAGCGGGAAGAAUGUCUGUGGCUUCAGAUUCGAAUUGUGUGGCGGGUCCCCUGCCAAGGCUUGCUUACCCGAGGUCUCACAUGGCGAUAACGUCGUGGCCUUUUCCAAACUUGGACUUUGCAAAGAAAGAGUGAACUGGGGGGGACUGUGUCUGAGGAAAAGGGUUGUGUUCGGGACGAAAACAUGCGAUACCGUGGGGAGCGGGAAGCAGAGCAUGUGUUCGAUUCUCGAGAAGUUAUGUUGUCAUGACACCAAGCCCCUAGGCGAUGUUGUGGACCAUGACUGUGUUGAUGGAGAGCUAAGUAAGACUGACAUUGCAAUGGGCAUCGGAGAAAGGGAAUCGAAUGUUUUUAUAGCCACGACAUUUCACCUGCUAUGUCUCAUGGACACAAGACUGGUAGACAGUUUGAUCUUUGACAAGACCCUUUCUCGGCCACGACUGCUCAUCGAUGGUAAUGUCCUCCGGAUCAUGUGGUUUGGGAUGUCGGGAAAUUCGCCGGGUCACGACUCACUGGCCGGCGCAGAGAACUAUUGUAGCUUCGUCGAGGGGACGGGAUCCAAAACCGGCUCGUUCAAGGUUAUGAGGUCAUCCCCUCUAGGCAAUGAUCGGUUGAGCAGCUUCUUGGGACUGCUGGCGUCGACUUGUUGA